UCGUUAGUCUCGGGAGGGGUGUCCUUCGUUGAAUGAAGUGUAUAUAUAAGUAAUAUAAUUAUAAAUCUUCAUCAUAUGAUAAAUAUGGGCCUAGUCAAAACUAUUAUAAGUACAACUAACACUGAACACCUAUAUAAUUUUGUGCUGAUCACUUACAAAAUGAGGCAUCGAUAAACAACGGAUGUAUUUCAUGUCGUAUUAUAGAGAGAAGAAAAACUGGCUUAGAUCCGCCACCUUACUAUUGCAGAUUGUAGCUUACGGACUUCACCUCACAUAUGAAACAACAUUAAAGUUGCAAGCAUUAACUCUGGAGUAAGCGUUUCGGACUUUAUUAGCAAAAAUUGUUAAUUUAUAAGUAUAGAUGCUACUGAUUUUUUUUUUUUUUUUUUUUUAGGAAUUUGCAUAAUGCUGAUCUGUCGCUUCGAUAAAUUUGUGAAAAGAAUGAAAUCAAACCGCAUUUCCAGUCUGGAUUUUGAGGUCUAUCACUUAGAAACAUUUUCUGGACAUAAAGAACAAUUCAACAAAUCGAAACAUUGCAACAACACGUCCUGUCUCUACUUUCUCACCGAGUUCGACUUGGAGGUACUGCAAUUUCUUCAAAACUUUUCUAACAAGCCUUCAGAAUUAUUAAAGAUUGGUAUACCUGCUUUAGUAACCAUAUGUUUGGGACCCAUCGCCAUGAUAUUCUAUCAUUCAACCACUGAAUUUUUUUGGCCAAAGGAGAAGUAUCCACAACUCCCCAACAACAACCAGUGCGUGUCCUGUUUCUUGACCCCCGCAGGACUUGUGUACGCCAUAUCGUUUGGAUUUGCCUUCUCCUCAGCUCUUAAUAAACAGAGUGACAUUUUGAAUAAGGUGACAGAAGAAAUCAGUUUUCUAGACCAAGCUGCUACUCUGGCUAGUAAGCUUAAAAUGAACAGUGACGUCAGGAUGGAGAUCUACCAUGCCAUCAAAUGUGAAGCUAUCUACAUGAUUCUGCAAAUUGAGAAUAAGCGGCCGACCAACUUCACUAAACGCCCCACUGUAGAUGUCAAAACUGCAAUAUGGGAGGUUCUUACUCUGCUUCAAAAUGAAAACCAUCCAGUUGAAGACCACUACGUCGAUGACAUAAUGAAGAGAUACCUCAUUGAUUACAUAUCCAAGCUCAACAAUGUUUGUUCUGAUGAUAUCAGCGUCUUGCAUUCAAGGACGCACUGGUUAAUGUGGGUUUUUCUGAUCUCAUUGGGAUUUUUCUCACUUUAUGGAGUAUUGAUGAUCCAGGCAUCGUCUUAUCGCAUGGAACUGAUUAUGUGCACAUUGACACUUUUUUCCAUCAGCAUGCUGUGUUACAUUGUCUCCGAUUUGGAUUCGCCGUUCUCCGGGUUUUUUCGGAUUGACAUUUCCAUCAUUGUUGACGUCAUAUACAGGUUAGAGGUCAUGCACAAGAUGGCGGCGCUUGGGUUUGAGGAAACCGUCUGCUACCCAGACAGUUCACGAUUCACUCAGAAGAGAUAUGACAGUACAGAAAAACCAACGGUAUAUAUACAGACAGUAUGCUAAAAAAUGGAGAGGGUUUUUUAAAAGAAAUUUUUUAAAUCUAAUCCGAAUUCAAUAAACUACGGCAAAAUUAUUUAUUAUAGGGUUUUUUUCUUAGUAAACUCAGGUGACCUAUUGCAAUUGGUUGUCGUUCGUCGUGCAUUCAGAAUUGAACAUUGUUAAUCUCGUCUUGAUAACUACUAUUCCAAAUAUUUUCAA